ACGCAAUUCCGUCGUUGUUGGCGUGUGUGGUACGGGACGAAAAGCUUUUUUCAUUCGGUGUAUAUGUUGUAAAUAUAUACCUACUGCAAAGUGCUUUUGAUACAUAAUUGUCAUAUAUAUAGUGAACCUCCAGAGUAGUUACACUAAAAGUGCAAAAGGCCAAGAUUUGGUGUCUCUUUUGGCACCCAUUGCUCAAGUGAUUUUUCGUGACCUAUUCUUCUGCAUUGUAGUAUAUAUAGGAAGGAUUUAGAGGGGUUGCAAAAGCUCGUGGAAAAUUUCCCCGGACACAUUAGAAAAUGGCGUACGUAAGUGGCCAGACGCUAGACACGAUUGCUGAUGGCGUUUAGGGACCAGAAAGUGCCAUUGGAUUUAGUGUCAUCCUUUGUGAAAGUAUGCUUGCUAGUAUACAUAUAAAAUAGGCAAAAUGUUUUUUGCAUUUCGUGAUAAAUCUGGGAUAAAUUAACACCAAAUUGUAUACUUUGGCGAAAUUCUAUAUAUUUAAAGAAAAAUAAUAAACUCUUACUAACAAAGAAACUCGUCCUGACGUACAAGUGAACGCAAGACAAACUAUUAGUUAAAAAAAAAUUGUGAACGUGAAAGAGGUAUUAGUGCAAAAACAUGAUUGAUCCAAGCUCAUCUGAAGAGGAAAGUGAUGAGGAGCAUCAGGGAGGUGGCGGAAAGGGAGCGCAUCAGACACUAAAGCAUCAGCCACCGGCAUCAAAGCAUGGUGCUCACAUUGCACCUGGAGGGCUCAAGCGUCAUGGUUCCAGUAGCAGUGCCAAACAGCCUCAGGAGAUGCUACAUGGUGGCGGUGCAAUUUCCGGCGGGGUAGUUACGCCAGUUCACCAUGGCCAUGCUGUCCCAAAAGACACACACCACGGUCACAGUGGGCACUUGUCUCAUGCUGGCAGUGACACCUCUGGAAGCCUCGAUGUACCCUCAUCGUCGGUGCCAAGAACUCUUUCACCAUCUGCAUCAAGCGCAGCAAGUCAGGAGACCUUGAAUCAGAGCAUGGGACCGUCUUCUAGGACUAGUUCGUUGGCCAGACCCCAAUCCCCAUCCCCGUCAGUUGUUAGUGAACGUAAUGAAGCAGAUCUUGCGGAGCGUCAUGAACGUGAAGAGGAAGAAAGGAAGCGCCGUAUACAGCUGUACGUGUUCGUGUCACGAUGUAUUGCAUAUCCCUUCAAUGCGAAACAACCAACUGAUAUGACAAGGCGACAGAUAAAAAUCACGAAGCAUCAAUUAGAGACAAUAACUGCGCGCUUUGUGGCAUUUAUGAAGGGUGAAACACAAAUAAUGGCUGAUGAAGCCUUCCAGAAUGCUGUACAAAGUUACCAUGAUGUCUUUUUGAAAUCGGAACGUGUUGUAAAAAUGGUGAAUUCGGGUGCAUGUUCGCAGCAUGAUUUUCGUGAGGUAUUUCGAAAUAAUAUUGAGAAGCGUGUACGUUCACUGCCGGAAAUUGAUGGGUUGAGCAAGGAAACCGUCUUGACAUCGUGGAUGGCGAAAUUUGAUUGUAUCCUCAAGGGGACAGGGGAUGAAGAUACAAAGCGCCCAACAAGGAUGCAACAGCCGCUCAAUAGUGAAUUAAUUUUGUCCAAGGAGCAACUUUAUGAUAUGUUUCAGCAGAUUCUCGGUGUGAAAAAAUUCGAACAUCAAAUUCUCUUUAAUGCACUUAUGUUGGAUUCUGCAGAUGAACAGGCAGCAGCUAUUAGGCGAGAGCUGGAUGGACGAAUGCAGCGUGUCUCUGAGAUGGAACGCAAUCGAAAAUUGAUGCCAAAGUUUGUUCUGAAGGAGAUGGAAUCAUUGUACAUCGAAGAGCUCAAAUCAUCGAUAAAUCUGCUAAUGGCCAAUCUUGAGUCAUUGCCAGUAUCAAAGGGCUCCAUGGAUUCCAAAUACGGUCUACAGAAGUUGAAGCGCUACAAUCACAGAAAAAUGAUACUCAGGUCACAGGGAUCCUUGGCAAAAUUGGAGGGAGACUCAGCUGAUGGUGAUACACAGCUAACAAAGAUGGAUGUGGUGCUUACCUUUCAACUCGAAGUGGUCGUUAUGGAGGUGAAGGGACUCAAGUCCUUGGCGCCAAAUCGAAUUGUCUACUGCACAAUGGAGGUUGAGAGUGAGAAAUUGCAGACCGAUCAAGCGGAGGCGUCAAAACCCAUGUGGGAUACACAAGGAGACUUCUCAACUACGCAUCCAUUGCCAACAGUUAAAGUGAAACUAUAUACGGAGAAUCCGGGAAUGUUGGCGCUAGAGGAUAAGGAAUUAGGUAAGGUAAUUCUGAGGCCUACACCGCUAUCGUCUAAAUCACCUGAAUGGCAUCGGAUGACCGUGCCGAAGAAUCUGCCUGAUCAGGAUUUGCGCAUCAAAAUAGCAUGUCGCAUGGAUAAGCCACUUAAUAUGAAACACUGUGGCCAUUUAUUUGCUAUUGGUAAGUCUGUUUGGAAGAAGUGGAAGAAGCGCUACUUUGUGCUGGUUCAAGUGUCUCAGUAUACAUUCGCCAUGUGCAGCUACAAAGAGAAAAAAUCCGAACCGUCCGAAAUGAUGCAACUUGAUGCGUACACCGUUGAUUACAUCGAGGCAUCAAGCGCUCGAUCGGUGGCAGCGAAUCUAAUGGUGGGGGUGGAUCUCGAGGGUGGCAGGUACUUUUUCAAUGCCGUACGCGAAGGUGACAGCAUUCUUUUUGCAUGUGACGAUGAGAAUGAGUGCAGUCUGUGGGUAAUGGCGAUGUAUAGGGCCACCGGGCAGUCGCACAAGCCCACGCCGCCAAUGACGCAGGACAAGAACUCGACGAUCUCGAAGCUCCAGGGGGACGCCGAUAAGGCGCGAAAGCACGGCAUGGAAGACUUUAUAAGCGCAGAUCCAUGUACAUUCGAUCAUCACAGUCUGUUUGCAUUGCUCCAGAAUUUGACGCUCGACUUCAGACUCAACGACCCCUAUGCGUCACUGGGAUGGUUCAGUCCAGGCCAAGUGUUCGUCUUGGAUGAAUACUGUGCUCGGUAUGGGGUACGCGGUUGCUACCGGCAUCUGUGCUACCUUUCCGAUUUACUGGACCGGGCCGAACGGAAUUUGAUGAUCGAUCCCACACUCAUUCACUACUCAUUUGCAUUCUGUGCCAGCCAUGUGCAUGGGAAUCGACCGGACGGUGUGGGUAGCAUCACGCAUGUGGAGAAAGAGAAAUUCCAGGAUAUUAAGGAGCGCCUUCGCGUGCUGCUGGAGCAUCAGAUCACGAAUUUCCGGUUCUGCUUUCCAUUUGGGCGGCCGGAGGGUGCCUUGAAGGCGACGCUCUCUCUUCUGGAGCGCGUCCUCAUGAAGGAUAUUGUGACACCGGUACCGCCCGAAGAGGUGCGAGCGAUGAUUAAGAAAAGCCUGGAAACGGCAGCUCUUGUGAACUACACACGUCUUUCCAAUGAGGCUAAAAUUGAAGGUGUAGGAACGACAGAACAGAUUGGGGGUUACACGAACACUGAUGAUGAUUUACGUGGCGAAGUGAUUGUACCACCGGCAAAGAAAUUGGAAGAUUUAAUACACCUGGCAGAACUUUGUGUGGAUCUUUUGCAACAAAAUGAAGAACACUACGCUGAGUUGCGAAAAACUGAUGCUCCAGCUAGUGACCAGCAGCAGCCUGUCCCAACUGAUGGGACUGCCACAACUUCCGCUACCACUACUACUACAUCUACUACAGCUCUUCCUACAUCUUCUUCUACGGUCAAAAACACGAAAAACUCGACCACGACCCCGUAUCGAUAUUGCAUGCCAACGCAUGCUGUCUACACUUUUCCGGCUCCAACGGCUUUUGCAUGGUUUUCGGACCUUCUGGUGGAGCAUGCUGAGAUAUUCUGGUCACUGUUUGCCGUGGAUAUGGAUAGGGUGCUUUCGGAGCAACCACCCGAUACGUGGGAUUCAUUCCCACUAUUCCAAAUCCUGAAUGAUUACCUAAGGACCGAUGACAAUCUGAAGAAUGGGCGCUUCCAUCAGCAUUUGCGUGAUACAUUUGCACCACUAGUGGUGCGGUAUGUUGACCUCAUGGAGUCCUCCAUUGCUCAAUCCAUCCACAAAGGGUUCGAGAAGGAACGCUGGGAGAGUAAAGGUGAUUCCUCCAUCAGCAACGGCUGUGCAACAUCAGAAGAUCUUUUUUGGAAGUUGGAUGCUUUACAAUCUUUCAUACGUGAUCUCCACUGGCCGGAUGCAGAGUUUCGGCAACAUCUCGAGCAGCGACUUAAGCUCAUGGCCUGCGAUAUGAUUGAGUCGUGUAUCCAACGUACCGAGGGUGCUUUCCAGCAGUGGCUUAAGAAGAGUGUCACCUUCAUCUCAACGGACUACAUUAUGCCAUCGGAAAUGUGUGCUAUGGUGAAUGUGAUUCUCGAUGCAAAAAAUCAAUCUUUCAAAUUGUGCACUAUCGACGGAAUUGAUGUGCAUCAAUAUCAUUCGAAGAUUGAUGAUCAAAUUGAUAAAACGCUCGCUGCUAUGAAUCAGGGGAUUAUCAGCAAAUUAAUGUCUGUGCUAGAAGCAUCAUUGUCAAAGCUGUCGCGAUAUGAUGAAGGUAGUCUAAUUGGAAGCAUCCUCAGCUUUACAAAUGUCUCCGGAUCGGGGAAGGAUCUUGGGCAGGGCUAUGUGAAUUUCACGCGAAAUAAUAUGGAUCAAAUACGUGGGAAAGUGAAUGAUGAAUUGUGGAUUCUCAACAUCUUUGAACAAUGGUAUACGGCCCAAAUCAAUAUGCUGUGCAAUUGGCUGUCCGAGCGACUGGAUCACUCACUCCACUACUAUCAGUGCACCUGUUUGGCUCACAUCGUUAAGAAAAUUUACUCGGACUUCGAGUUACAGGGUGUUAUGGAGGACAAGCUCAAUUCGAAGGCAUAUCAAACAGUGUCUCAGCGCAUGCAAACUGAAGAAGCAACUUGUGCCCUUACAGCUCCUGAUGGCGAAGCAGAGGGAUUCGGUGAUGGAGAUGAAGAUACUGAAAGACCAAAGGCCAAAGUGAACAUAAUGGAAGCACUAAGUGGCGAAGAUGGGAAUUUGGCGAAUAUUUCAAAUGUUAAAAAUAUGGUGGUUGGCCGUGUGGGAAAUAUGUUCGGCAAGGGCAUUGGAGGACUCAGCACUAAAUUCGGUGGUGGCAGUUGGUUCUAAAGAAAGGGAAGUAAAAUAACAUUAAUAUUUUUCUUUCAACACAUUCCAGGGUUUGGAAAUCAAUAAACAAUCAAGAAAAUACAUACUAAAUGGCUUGAUCACGGGUUUCUAGUGUGACACACGAGUUCUUGUGGUUUAGAAUGCAAAACAAAAAAAUAUACAUAUAUAUUUCAGUCAGAACAACCGUGAUGAACAAGGAUUAAUUAAUCAACAUUUUAUUGAAACACUUAUUACAACAACUACACCAUAUUUACACAAUUUCUUUCAUAUAUUAAGAUUCUCUUUAUAUACUAAAAUCUGUACUUAAUUGUCGAAAAAAAAAUAAAUUAUCAAAUUGAAGUGAAACUUCUUUAUCAAGUUUAAAAGAAAAAAAAAGAAUAAUGUUUAUUUAGUUCUGUUAUAAAAUAUACGCCUUUUCUCAAUGAGAGAACUCUUUCUUUCUUGUACAUCUCUGUAAUGUUCAAGAAAUGAGCAAAAGAGAAAUUAGAAAAAAAUGAAAAAAAAUUUAAUGAAAAUAUUGUUAUUAGAUUUUAUUAAAAAUCUUAUCUACACUUUCAAGAGAAUAUUACUCAAAAAAAAAUUAAUAAAUUGAACUUUGAAUAACUUUAUCUUUACUAUAUAGUUCACUUACUUGAAAUAUCAAAAAUCUUUGCAGAAAGGGCAUUACAUUUUUAUCUAAAAAACCUACCAAAUAAAUCUUAUAUAAAUAUAUUAGUAUAAUUCGAUAGCCCAUUCUAGAAGGAAAAAAUUCUAACUUCUAUAUGGCUUCUGUGUACUUUUUUAUGGAAGUUGGGAUUUUAUUGAAUUGACCCAUCGAAUUGUUACUUAAUUCGUGACUAUUGAGACACAUAAAAAUUUACAAUUUCAAAAUAUAUUUACUUAAUAUUGACAAAUUGCUAUAUCAUUGCUACUAAAUUCUCUUUUCCAAGCUAAUUCUUUCAUUUCCAAUUGAAAAAAUAAAAAUUAUGAAAAAUAUUAAUGACUUUUUUUGGUAUGGUGUUGUUUUUUCUUUAACAAUAUGCUUAUUAAUUUUAAAAUAAAAAUCAAAUUACUAUACACAACACUCAAUCAAGUGAACUAAACGGAAACGCGUACUAGAAGAAUAAAAAAAAAAGUAAAAACUCUCUAAGAAAGAAAAGGUACGUUGUACUUAAUAAAAAAAAGAAAAUAAACUUAUUAUUGGAAAAUAUUAUGCAACAAGAGUUUAUUGCAAAGAUUCUGCAUUUUUGAAUUUUAUAAAAUUAAAGAAAAGAGGUAUUUUUUCUGUGUUUUAUAACGGUUAUAAAAAACUAAUUUUUAAGCAAAUUUUGAGAAAAAAAAUCGAAAAGACAAAAAUAGACUGCAUGUUUCAUAAUAUUGAAGAAAUUACUUUACUCUCUUCAGAAUAAGAAAGAAAGGUAAAAUAGCAUUAGAAAUAAAAUCUUAUUUCUUAUUCUGAAUAUGGUUAUAAGUAAUUCAUUGAAUGAUAACAAAUGAAAAUAAAAGAAGAAGCGGGCAUUUAAAAAACCUGAAUAUAAAAAAUGAAAGUUAAUAAAUUGCUUAGAGUAGGUAGGAUAUACUAUAUAUUUAGUAUAAUAAUUUUAUUGAACUCGAUGAAAUUUAUAACAGACAAGAGAACAAAAGCGGAAGAGUAAUAAUUCAUUUUCCCUUGAAUACCAAGUGUUUUAGGGAAAAACCAAAAAAUACGAGAGAACUCUAUGGCAAAAAAAUUGAUGGGAAAAAGGGAGAAAGUGAAAAACUACUGAAAAUAGUGGUGAAACCAGAAAAAACAGUAAAAGUUUCAUUUGAGAAUUUUCACACACAAAACAGUAAAGAAAACCUUUAAUAAAUGUUUCAUGUUACAAAAAAAGAUUACAAAAAAUCCCAUAGACGAAACGUGAAAAGUAAGUAUAUGGGGCAAAAAUAAAUUGUUCAACAAAAUAAUAAGUCGUAAAAAUAGUCUGAAGAAUACUGGCAGAAAUUCUUUGCAGUGUAUUAUCAAUUUUUUUUCUCUCUAAAAUAAUAUUGGAAAUUUAAUCUUUCGAAGAUCUCCUUUUGAAUUUCUUGUCUCUCUGGUGUAAAACAAGAAUUAAAAAAACUUAUUAAACUAUCGGAUAGUUCAUUUUAAUAAAAAAUUCAAAUAUCUACCUAGAAUAGUCUUGAGUGGAGUGAAAUAUAUUAUCUUGAAUAUCUUAAUUACAAUAUUUACUUUUCAAAAGUAAAUUGCUUAAAAAUUAUAUAUAAUUGUUGUAUCAAAGUAUCCUAUUAGUUGGUUUGAAUUAGUUCAUGUUGUUUUAGUCACACUUACAUAAACGGUGCUAUAUAUUUUAGUUAAUAAAAUUAGUAACCAUUUUAUUUGAAACGUGCUUUGAGAACAUUAAUAUUUUUAAUAGAAAAACUUACGUAAUAAAGCAGGACAUUUUAACAAAUAACUGCUUAUGUGGGAUAAUAUAUAAUACUAUAUAACAAAAAAUUGUAGGACAUUCCCUACAUACAUGUAUUUAACAUUUUCACUCCACUUUCAAGAUCAAUUGCAGGGUAUACAUAUAUUUAGUUAUUUUGCGAUAAAAAAGAUUAAAAGUGUUAGGAACAUUUUAAAUAGAAAGUUUCUUCGUGACAAAAUAUAUUAUUCCAUCAUUUGUUUCUCUAAAUUUCCUCCUUCCGGAGAAAAAAAAUUACUACAUUACAUUCAACUAACCAUCAAAGGGAGGAGCAAAAAUAAACAUCAAUAUAUUACACAGCAAUUAACAUCAUUCCCCAUACCUACUGAACGUACCUCACUGAAUGUUAUGUACAUUCAGUAUGAUUUAACACGUUCUAUGGAUUCACAAAGCAAACAUUUUGAUGAAUUCCACGACAUUCGCCUCUUCAUUUUGUUGAAUAUUUGGAAAAUUACAAAAUGGAAUAGUUAAAAUCGGAAUUGGGAAUUGGGACACGGUAAAAGUUUGAUAAAGCUGUUAAUCAAUAAGUGAUUAAUUGCAAAAAAAAACAUCAAAUGUGUAUAUCACUACUGGGUUUGGUGGGUCCAACACAAUCACUCUGUAGUCUAAAACAAUAAUAAAAUUAUUAAUCUAUUAUUUUUUCUAUUCAUCAGAAUAAUAGUUUUAGCUGUAUUUCUUUCAGGAGAUUCCUUCGUCUCGCUUCUAAAUCUUUGUUUUUCAUCAAUUUAUUCUUAAAUUAUUUCUGUACUCGUUCCUUUUAUAUCACAUGAAUUAGAAUAACUUCUUUACUAAGGGGUCUCAAUUUGCUUUAACUAUUGAGUUAGCCAUUAGCCGACAAUAAAGGAAAUUUUUCAUUUUUUUUUUUGUUUCAAAUUGAGUCAAAAAUCCCUUAAAAUCCUCAAAAAUUUAUGAUUAUUAGACCUUAAUAAAAGCUUAAAAAUUCUUUAAAUAAAUUCUUCCGCGAUUCUUAGGAUUUUUAUGAAGUGAGUUUUAAGUUAGUUUACUUAGAAUCUCGCCUGAAUAAAAUUGUGAAAGAAACACAGCUAAAAGACGAAACAAAAUAUUGCAAAAAAUAGAGAAUCUCAAAUACAAACCGUACGUACGUGCAAUGAAUUCAAUAAUUUAUUCAGCAGCAUACAAAUUUAAAUCUAUCUGGCAUAUUAUUUGGUAUUUGUAUAACGAACGCACCGUAUAAAUAAAUAGAAUGGCAAUCAAUAAAUUAUAAGAAUGGUAAUAAAUUUAUAUAAAAAAAAAAACAUAAACAUAUAUUAGCAAUCAAUCGCAUAUUGAGGGUUAAAUUUAAAAGAAAAGAAAUGGCACAUCAAUAAAUUCACCGUAUGGAAUAAACAUAAAUAAUAUGGCUAAUGUGGAGAAUGUAGUGGAAGUGACACAUUAAAUAAAAAAAAUGAAAUAGUGGGAACAUAAAAUUUUAUUAACAAACAAAACUGCAUGAACUAAUGCUGUAAAAUGCCCCAAGAGCUGGAUCGUAUUCUAAUAAUUAUCAUACUGAAUAUUGUAUUGUGUAAAUGUAAAAAAAAAUAAUAACAAAAAUGCAGAGAAAAUGAAAGAUAGAUAAUCAUGAUAUAAAAAAUAACCAUUUUGGACUUAUUAAUUGCGAAUUGAAUAAAAAACUUUGUAAGCAUGUGUAGAGCAAAAAUUAUUUUUCUAAACCAUUUUUAAUCAUCAACAUAAUGCCGAUGGUCAAAGAAGUAAAUCAUCGCGAUUGAUUAAAAAAAUAUGCAGCAAAUAACGGCAGCCCAAACCCAGUAUAUUUUCAUAAAUAAAGAAUGAUUAUUAAAAAAAAGCGUCAUGGAUGAUAAGAAAUUAUUGAUGAAAAAAGGGAUGUAUGAUGUACAUAGAAAAAAAUGUAAAACACAUUUAUAGACACAACACUCAUACACAGCAUACAUAGCAUAAUGAAAAUAUAAAUAAAAAUAAACAAAAAAAAACAUUUUAAACGUUGGUAAAAAUUUAAUAAGAAAUAAAUUUCUUAUAGGAUUAAUAAUUAUAUAGAAAAAAACAAACGAUACUAAGCAUUGCAUUUUUUGAUGAUAAACUAAAAUGAAAAAAAAAGAUUAAAGAAAAAACUUAAACUUUUCGUGUUAAAAAAAACUGAUAGCAUUAACAUUGAAAAAAAUAAAUAAAUUUUUGAGGGAAACCAAAAUGACUCCUCUUGUAACUAAUUCAAAAUGUUUAAAUUUGUUUUGACAUUCUGAAAAAGAAAGAAAAAAAUACGCAAUACUAAAUCUCUUCUUACAACUAGGUAAAAAAAUGAAAGAAAUAAAAUAAAAACCAAUUUGCGAAAAAAAAGCUAGCAAAGGCUAUAUUGUGAAAAGGAUAUGGUGUAUUUGUAAAAUCUUGGCGACUUAUUGCAAGAUAAAUAUUGUUUAACAAAAAAAAAAUUAAUCUCAAAUAUAUUACAAAAGAAAAAAGAAAAAACAUCGUCUAAAAAAACCAAGAAUUAAACAAACAAAAAACGAUUAUGGAAGUGACAUCAAAGAAAGUAACAAAAAAAAUUAUAAAAAUAAAAUGUUAUUUAUCGACUUGUUAUGCAUUGAGAGAAA